AUGGGAGGGAAGACACCAAAAGGUAUUCUUACCGAUCAAUGCACAUCGAUUCAAAGGGCAAUUGAGCUGUGCAUCUGGCACAUUAUGAAGAAGAUUCCAAGAAAAUUAAAUGGCUACAAGGGACACAAUGAAAUUGAACAAGAGAUGAGCCAUGUUGUUUGGAACUCGUACACAAAAGAAGCAUUUGACAGAAACUGGAUUGAUUUCCUUAGAAAGUACAGCCUCGGAGGCAACAAGUGGCUUUCAGCAAUAGAGGCACAGUUUCAGCAUGUAUGUACCCAUGAGAAGUUCAGGGAAGUUCAAGCUCAAUUCAGAGUAUCACGAGAUGUAAAGUUCCGUUGCUUACUGUUUGAGUCUAGGGGUAUAUUGUGCUACCAUUCCCUAAGCAUCCUAAGCUUUGAGCGAAUAGAUAACGUGGCACCGAAAUACAUAUUGGAACGUUGGAGCAAGAACAUAAAGAGGAGGCAUACACACAUUAAGAGCAGCCAAGAUGAACCUCUACUAGAGCCAAGAAGUAAGAGAUUUGAUAAAUUGGUGUUUCGGUCACACAAUAUAUGUGAAAUUGCAUCCGAGUCUGAAGAGUUGACCGUAAUUUUGCACCGAGCAUUUGCCAAGGUCAUGGCAGAAAUGGAAGAAUAUCAAGGGAGAAGCAAAGGAAAAAGUUUGUUAACCCACGAAGAAGCGACAUUUUAG